UCCCUCCUCAGUUGGCAACAUUGAGCGCCUCGUAAACAAACAUGGCGGCGACCAAGAAAAUCGAAGAGGCGCUCGCUCACCUUAGGGAGGCCGAGAAGAGCCUGAAAACCAGCCUUCUGAAAUGGAAGCCAGACUAUGAUGUGGCAGCUGACGAGUACAAUGCAGCUGCGACGUGCUACAAGACGGCCAGGCAGUACACGCAGUGCCGUGAGUGUCUGCUCAAAGCCGUCGAGAACUACAAGCUCAACCGAUCAUUCUUCUCGGCCGGCAAGUGUCUUGAGCAAGCCGCCAUGAUCAGCAAGGAACUCGGGGACAUGGAGUCGAUCUUCACCCUCUGCCAGCGGUCCGCCUGCAUGUAUAGGGAGCACGGCAUCCCCGACACGGCGGCACUGGCUCUCGACAAGGGUGCCAAGAUCCUCGAAAGCCAGCUGCCGGAGAAGGCCCUGAUUAUGUACGAGCAUGCCGUGGAUAUUGUCAUGACUGAAGAUCGUCCCCGGCAGGCAGCUGAGUUCCAGAGUCGGGUGUGUCGCCUCAAUGUGAAGUUGCAGAAGUACGAUGCUGCCACAGACGCUAUCAGAAGGGAGAUAUGCUACCACCAGGCCGGAGAAAACCAGCCUGCCAUUGGGAGGCUCACAGUGGCUCUGGUGUUGGUGCAGUUGGCUCGAGGGGACUGUGUGGCCGCAGAGAAAGCCUUCAGGGAGUGGGGGUCUUACUGUGAGCACGAGGAGGCUCAGACGCUGGAGAUGCUGAUCCAGGCGUACGAUGAGGAGGACGGUGACAUGGCAACGAAGGCCCUCAACUGCCCCUUCAUCAAGCACAUGGACGUGGAGUAUGCCAAGCUGGCCCGCAGUCUGCCCGUCCCCAAGUCUAACCAGGAGACCAAGAAGCCCGGCGUGACAGACACCUACCCGCCCUACACCUCCAGCUCUGGCGCUGACGUGGACUCGCUGGCCAGGGGGGUUGGCAAUGCUUCGAUCAGCCAGGAUGAAGACCUGGACUUGUGCUGAGUGGCGCGGCGCGGCGUGUGGCAUCACUUGAUAGGCAGCAUUGUUGGUGGGAGGGUGCAUAUUCAACUGCUUUGGUUACCCAUCAAGCCGCGUGGCAGUUGGUCGCCUGCACAGGAAAACUUUUGACAAGACGUGUCUGUGGAGCCUCAUAUUACCAGUAAGGCUUGUACUGUAGUCCGUGAGCUGCUUGAACCUGAGUCCUAGGAAGCAUAUGAGGACCUCCUGUGUCUUCAUCUUGUCAAGAAGCUUGCUGUGUUUGUUGCAGGUGCAUGAUACCAAAGAUAGGCGGGCAGGGCGGCAGCCUGGCUCAUAACACUUCGGCUAAGUUAUUUAUUUGUGGGUCACGGGAACGCAGAGCCACGUGCUGGAGAGGGUGGAGUUCCCGGCUCUGGGGGGAGACGAGCGGCACCGCUGCUCGCUCCCGGUUGUGACGUCUUGAGGCCAGCUCAAUCACUGUCUCAUCCUAAGCCAUCAGCACUUUGUUUAAAAUCCUCUUGUCUUGUUCUGAAAAUUACAAUUCCUGUGCAUUUCAUGAUGGGGAGGCACAAAACCUUUUCCACAGUGCCACUCCAACACAGUCCGUCACUCCACCGAGGCAACACUGAUGUACCGUCUUCAAAAUUGUUCCAACUUCACUCUUGCCCCCUUCAGCAAUGAUGCUCUGCCUAGUCCAGGAAACACUGGCCGGGGAGCACCAGCGAGUCGUUCUUUGUCUUCAUUAUUUCCCUGUGUUCCCUUCAAGUCCAGAGUGGAGGACACGCACCAGGGCGGGCGGGACGCAGUAGUCUGCGUCCCUCUGCCGGACAUUCCAGGCCGCCUCGCGUGCCGGUGUGCAGCACGGCGAGGCAGGAAGGUGAUGAUGCUCAGUCCGGGGUGGUUCUCCCGUGUAGCGCCGGGCAGGUCGAGGCACACCCUGCUGUUGUUAUUAGCCAGUGGUAGCCGUUAUUGUUUUGUCCUGUUUUCCGUCACAGCUUUAUUAUUCUCGUGGGUGGAUUAGCGUAUCAUUUGUUGUUAUGGAAAUGCGUUUAGUCCUGAAGUUACGACAACAUAUCUUGUUAUUUGUUAUGGUAAUCCGUAGAGGAACUAUUUCUAACGUAGCGCGGUGUUUUAAUGGUAGAGCAGACUACUACGAUCAUGAUAGUCAACCAUUCUCAGCUCUCAAGCUGUACAUAUAAGUAGUCAUUAUUGUAAGAAGGGUUUUCAUCUUACAAAUUUACAAGUUCAUUACAGAAUCAAAGGAACUCACAAGGAUACAUGCUUUUGGAAGGUUUAAUCUUAAGUCAGUUUCUUAUCAAUAAAUAUGCAAUUGACAUCUAGAAUUAUGACCUGCACCGUUACAUGACGUGCGUGGCCGCGGCCGAGCCUGGCCACGGCGGGAACCACUGGCCUCUGCCCUCAAGGCCUGGGUGGCAGGGCCUGCUACACAUGUAUUAGUUCUCAACAUUAACACAGGCUGAAAUAUUUUACUUUUCUCUUCAAAUCAUACUCCUCAAGUACAUCUGAACACGGGAAGUUCAUAUUUUUAUCUGGAUUGACGGCUGAAAAGUUACAAGGUUUUUAUAAGAUUUCUAUCACACAAAAAUUCCCCUUAUGCAAAGGAUCAGCGAUUUUAUGCAAUGUGACACAAGUUUUGUUUCCCUGGCUUCUGACUUUGUUGAACCUUUGGAGUCGCUUCAGUCAUGUUUCCAGGUGGCGAUGAUGAGUUUCCGGCAGGCAAGAGUUUCUGUUCCUUUACGAUGAGUUUGUGAAUGUCUAGUUGCAUAUCAUUCCAGGGAAGCUCCACACACUGUUACUGUAGCCCCAGGUGGUGGCAGACCCCCCUCCCUCCCCCAAGACAGUAGUGUAACAAUGAUGACGCUUAUAUUGAAUGUUUUAGGUGUGUCCUGUAUACUUCCUCACCUUCCCCUCGUCUGUCACGGCAGAAGCUUUUGCCAAGGCCACGGGGCAGACCACAACUUUUGUACUUCUUUCCGUCAAGAUGUUUGUGACAAGUCAAAAUAGCAAGACUUCCUUCCUCACAGCCGGCUCGUGGCGCCACUCACUGGAAAUCGCAACCUGCUUGAGAUUUCUCUGUCUGUGGAUCCUGACUGAACGAGACACACUUGUGGGAAUAGUGGGAACAUGAGGCUUGUACACACACUACAGGCAUGUGACCAUUGACAGGGUGUGAUGCAUAUAUGACCCAGGCUAUAGGGGUCACGAGACUGUAUCUGAUUGUACACCACUCAGCUCUGAAGCCAGUCAGCCACACCCAAGAGACCAACUUAUGCUCAGAGUUUUUUAGCCAUUAUGAAUACAUAUAGAGUUAAGCCGGAGAGAGUUAGCCAUUCACAUACACAAGGCACAGCAAGGAGUCACUAAGUAUGGGAAUGUUCAGUGUGUCUACAAUAAGAGAGAGGUGACUAGCAUGGCUUAGCUUAAGAUAUGGAGGGAUGGAGAUGAAGAGUUAUAGAGGAGAAUAGAGAGGUGGCAAGACUCUGGUUCAGCUUAAGAUAUGGAGGGAUGGAGAUGAAGGGUUAUAGAGGAGAAUAGAGAGGUGGCAAGACUCUGGUUCAGCUUAAGAUAUGGAGGGAUGGAGAUGAUGAAGAGAGGAUGGAGAUGGAAGGAGGAGGAGAUGAAAGGGGUAUAGAGCUCUGAAUACCAUGGUCCCUUGGCUGUGGCUGUAUCCCUCAUGAGCUUACCUUACAAUCAGGUGCAAGUGUAUGUAUUCAGAACCUGUCCAGCCACAACACACCUGCCCUCACAGUGCUGUCAGGGGUCACAACAUGUGUUCACGGAUCAUGUCUAUUGCUGUUCUCAUGAUGUGUCUUGCAUGCCAGGCUGCACACACGAUAAAGCCAGCAUGAUUACUAUUUCUUGUGAGUCGCCCAGCAAGGUGCAUUCAGGCGGAGGCUCCUCCCUGUGACUGGCCUGAGUGGACCUGAGCUCCUGUGCCCUGGAGACGCUCCUGUUUGCCUCACUUCUGUACUCUGAGGUUUCCAACAGCAAAUGUUCUUGUGAUUCAUGAUUCUCCCAUUUUAUGCAUAUUUGUGUGUGUGACCAGUACGUGCACCUGUCUUACGUUAGUGUGUCUGCCAGUCGUGCACACCCUUAUGUUACUCAUUGUAAACCAAUACCUGUACAUACAUAUGCUCCACAUAAUAUAUACAUAUACAUAUAUAAAUAUAUAUACAUGGCAACAUUUUCGUUGUUGUUGUGAUCAAGGUCGGAUACAUAGGCUCUAUAGGCGUCUUGAGGUGGGACACACGUCUCGGCCAAGACAGCGCUGUUGAAUUUUUGGAAUAGUCUUCCAUAAAAAUGGAAGACUAUUUAUUACAUCUUCUGUGUUGCUAUCUCUGUUCCGUUGUGAUUAUGACGAAGGUUUUAUACAAAAUUACUUCCGUUCUCGCCAUGGUUGGGACGUUUCUGUAGCUUGGAAGCUGACAAACUCUGAGUGGUUCAUCAUCUGUGAUUUACUCUAAUUGGUGCCUGACACAUGCAUGGAUUAGUAUCAUCGACAAAGUAACAAGCAACCAGCCAUUCAGAGUUAUUCAUGAUAACAAGUUUGGACUUGUGUCAUAGAUUAGCUGUCAACUAAUACUGUUGUGUGUCCUCAUCAACAUUAUACAGCUUUAGAUUUAUUUAUCAAUAAAUGAUCUGCAAUACUAA